AUGUGCUCUGCCGCCGAAAAGCUCAUCUGCAUCGUGCAGUUUCUUCUGCUGCUGUGCCUGCAGGGCGCGCCGCGAGCGCCUGGAGUCGCCGGCGCCGGUGGCGGGAUCCUGUCGGUCCCUUCUGCCACCUCCCUUGCGCACUGCCCCACCCGCUGCGGGGACGCCGAGUUCCUCUACCCGUUCGGCACCGAGCCCGGCUGCUUCCGCCAGGGCUUCGAGCUCACCUGCGACACCACCACCCAGCCUCCCAAGCUAUUCUGGGCCAACACACUAUACCAGAUGGUCGGCACCGAUAGGACAGACCACUGGUUCGCCUACGCCUCCAUCGGCUUCAGCAUCACCAUGACCCCAGGUACGAGCACCUACACCAGGUCCUUGGAGUCGCCUGCCAGGGGCUUCAUCAUCGACUCCGACACCCACAUGUUCGCUGUUGGCUGCGACGUCGAGGUCCUCCUGUUCGAUACCGGGACGAACCUGACCAUCGGUUCUUGCACGAGUUCGUGCCCGGGCGACAGGGCGACCAUGAGUAACGAGUCGGUAGCUGUGGCCGGGAAUUGCAAUGGGUUGGGCUGCUGCAGCAUCGCCUUGCCGGAUUACCUCCAAGGCUUCCGGUUCAUACUGUCCAGAAGGGAUGGAGUCAUCAGAGCACGAUCAGAUGCGCAGGCCUCCAUUAAUGUCAAGGUCUUUCUAACACAGGAUUAUGAAUUUGAGACGAGCGACCUUUACUCGAGCUGGAUUAACAGAAGUGUUCAUACAAGCCUGGAAAUUUUCGCCACGGACCAGCCGAGUUGUGAAAUUGCGUCUGCAAACAAGGAAACCUACGCAUGUAGCCCCGGCAGCUCAUGCCAAACUGGAAAGUGGGGAGGUUACUUCUGUUACUGCAACCCUGGUGUUAAUGGCAACAAUCCCUACAUUUUGGAUGGCUGCAUCGAAGGUUACAACCCCCAUCCUAAAGGAAAUUGUAAGAGGUCAUGUGGAAACAUGUCCAUCCCUUUCCCUUUUGGGUUAGAAGAAGGUUGCUUUGCACACCAGAAAUUUCGACUUAGUUGUGUGUCAGAUAAGUUCGUUGUUCUUAAUCGAGAAGAUGGCACAAAAUAUAAGGUGACCACAUUGCAAGUAGAUGAUGGAUACCUGGGUGUAACCAGCAUGCUGAAUGAUUCGAGCAGCAGCGACGACGAGGUGGUAGUAGUUCAUACCACCGAUGGUGACUUCGAUUACAGGGUACCAAGAGAAGCCAUGAGGAAUCUUAUUGAGUUCUCCCAAGAAUUUGACAUCAGGAUGAGGUGGGCUGUGUCCAACUUAACAUGCGGAACAGCCUCGCAAAGAAGUACAACUUAUGCAUGUAUCAGCGCCCACAGCCAAUGCGUUAAUGUCACACAUGGAACACUAUACCUAGGAUAUCGUUGUAAAUGCUUGCCUGGCUUUUAUGGGAAUCCAUAUGUCCAAGAUGGUUGCAAAGACAUUGAUGAGUGCUUAGAGCCAAAUAACUGCAAUGGGUUAUGUCAUAAUACACCUGGAGGAUAUUAUUGCUCAAGUUGUCCUCAUGGUAAAGUGUUUGUACCAACAAAAAGGAAAUGUGUUACAUCAGCUAAGCAGCACAAUCUUCUUUUUGGUAUUGCAAUUGGAAUUGGUUGUGGCCUUAGCUCCAUAAUUUUGGCACUCUGUGCAACUAUAAUCGCUAGAAAGUGGAAACAAGGCAGACGAAAAAGAAUGCGAAGAGCAUACUUUAAGAAGAAUCAAGGCCUAUUAUUGGAGCAACUAAUAUCUGAUGAAAGCACCACUAACAAAACAAAGAUAUUCUCCUUAGAGGAACUAGAGAAAGCGACCAACAACUUUGAUGCUGCUCGUGUUCUUGGCCGUGGAGGACAUGGAACAGUUUAUAAAGGUAUUCUAUCUGAUCAAAAUGUGGUUGCCAUUAAAAUAUCCAAAAUUGCGGAGCAAAUCGAGAUAGAUCAAUUUAUCAAUGAGGUUGCUAUCUUAUCUCAAAUCAUUCACCGCAAUGUGGUCAAACUUUUUGGUUGCUGCUUGGAAACGGAGGUGCCCUUGCUCGUAUAUGAGUUUAUAUCCAAUGGCACGCUAUACAGCCUUCUCCAUUCUAAUGCUAGUGCCAAAUGCUUGUUGUCGUGGGAUGAUCGCAUUAGGAUCGCUGUAGAAUCAUCAGGAGCACUUGCUUAUCUGCAUUCCGCUGCUGCAAUACCAAUUUUUCAUAGAGACGUGAAAUCUUCAAACAUACUCUUGGAUGCCUCCUUCAGCACAAAGGUUUCUGACUUUGGUGCUUCAAGAUCUGUUUCACUUGAUGAGACUCAUGUGGUGACCAUUGUCCAAGGAACAUUCGGUUACUUGGAUCCAGAGUAUUACCAUACUGGCCAAUUAACCGGGAAGAGUGAUGUGUAUAGUUUUGGAGUGAUACUUGUGGAGCUUCUGACAAGAAAGAAGCCAAUAUUUAUAAAUGAUUCUGGUAUGAAACAAAGCUUGUCUCAUUACUUCAGUGAAAAACUUCAAGAAGGAGCUAUCAUGGAGAUAAUAGAUUCUCAGAUUGUCGAAGAAGCAGACCAAGGAGAGAUUGGUGAUCUUAUUUCACUUGCACAAGCAUGCUUGAGGACCAAAGGAGGAGAGAGACCAACUAUGAAAGAAGUAGAGAUGAAGUUGCAGUUCCUAAGAACUAGGAGGCCAAGGAAAGUACAUGAUUUACCGGGAACCAAUGGUGAGAUUGGGCAUUUGUUCUGCCCACAAGAUACAAACUCCCACACACGGCUCGAUCUUGUCAAUGCUGCCCGUUUGCCCUCCGAAGACACUCGGGGCUACAGCCUAGAGAAAGAAUUUGCAUCCUCAAUCAGUUUGCCACGCUAACUAUAUGAUACAAAUGGUCAAUAAAAGAAAAUCAGUACCUUCUAGGACCCACCCGAUCUGUAUAUCUUUUAACAAAAAAUUGUGUAAUAUUGCUCCCAUCAGAAGGGAGAAUUUGCUAUUUGGUUGCAAUAUGCCAAUGCAAUGUACAUAUACAUUUGGUCAAUACAUAUAUGGUUAGAGCUUA